AUGGCUGUCGGCUCCCAAGCCGUACGCAACUAUCGCUCUUUCCAAGCAGACGAGUCCCGUGUAUUGAUCCGCGACUUCCUCUUGGACCCAGACGACUUCGUGUCAGCGAUCGAACGGUACUCUGUCAGCAUAACCUCGAUCAUAGGCUGGGGCCGGCGCAUCGACCGCAAGAACGAUUACGUUGCCCAGCAGGCGCUCAAGCUCAUGGAAGCAGUUAAUUUUGUCGUGCCUGGUAUCUUCCUCAUGGAAGCGAUUCCGCAAAUGUUGCGGCUACCCACGUGGCUGUAUUCACUGCCAUCCCAGCUGCGCAUGGGUGCUGCGAUUGGCUCACGCUACUUCUACCUGCUGACGCAAGAGGGUGCUGAAGCCAAAGAAGUAAACUUCUCGAAAUACUUGAUGAACGCGCAGCAGAAGUUGCGGCUCACGGACAUGGAAGUGGCGGGCCUUACGGGCAACUUGAUUGGCGGAGGCGUUGACACAACGUCUAGCACAAUCAUCUCCUGCAUCCUAGCCAUGGCAGCCUUCCCUUAUAUCCAAACCAAAGCCCACGAGGAAUUGGACGCGGUAGUCGGGCACAACCGCUCCCCCACUUGGGAAGACAUGGAUGCCAACCGCCUCCCCUACCUCAACGCGGUCGUAAAAGAAACCCUUCGUUGGCGCACAGUUACCGUCCUCGCCGGAAUUCCCCAUGCAAAUACGAAACCCGUCUCAUAUAACGGCUAUUACUUCCCAGCAGGCACAAAUUUCACCGGCAACAUGUGGGCAAUACACCGCAACAAGAGAGACUUCCCAGAUCCGGACCAGUUCAAGCCCGAGAGGUUCUUGGUCGAUGAGAAUGGGAAGUGGAUGGAUGGAAGGCAGUAUCCGAAUAAGUAUGGGAUGAAUCCGUUUGGAUGGGGGAGGAGACAGUGUAGUGGGCAGCCGCUCGCUGAGCAGGGGUUGGUGUAUUCGCUUGGCCGGAUGAUUUGGGCUUUUGACAUCAAGCCGGGGCUGGAUUCGCAGGGCAAUGAAGUUAAGCUGGAUAUCUUCGCCUAUACGGAGAGCGAGAACACACGCCCUGAAGCAUUCAAAGCCCGCUUUAUUCCUCGCUCGGAGAGUACCAAGAAGAUAAUCUUGGCCGAGGCGGCUCAAGCGCACGAGGAGUUGAGGAAGUAUGACGGAGAAACAAGAGUCCGGAUGGAGGAUGCGAUCAAUAACCCCGCAAUGGUCUAA